CCAAAAACUCCAGCUCCCUCCCCACUCUCUCUCUCUCUCCAAUUUUCGUUAAAGUUUCGUUUUCUCUCUCUCUAGAACGAGAAGUAUGGCGGAUUGGGGUCCGGUUUUGAUCGCCGUGAUCCUCUUCGUAGUUCUAUCGCCGGGACUUCUCUUCCAGAUUCCCGCGGGAGGCCGAGUAGUUGAAUUCGGGAAUAUGCAGACAAGCGGCGCAUCGAUUCUAGUUCACGCCAUCAUCUUCUUUGGUCUCAUCACUAUCUUCACCAUCGCCAUUAACGUCCACAUCUAUUCCGGUUAAGUCAAGUCAAGUACUUCUGGUUUAAGAGAAACCUUUUCUUCUCCGGUUCUGUCUCAAUUUUUAUCAAAUUCGAGUGUAAGAUCUGGAUUCGUUUGUAAACAUUUUUGGAUUUGUGAAUAUAAUCAAAAUUUCAUAUGAUAAAAAAUCCACUUUUGUUUUGGAUCUGGUAUCAAGUUGUGAAGAUUGUUUGGUAUCUGGUUUAAUUUGGUUCCUUGUUCAUAAGCAUCUCUCCAAAAAUUUA